AUGGUGGUCCUGAUGUCGCUCCGUAACAUUGCGUACACCAUGUACGGUGUCUACCAGCGGCACCAGGUGCUGCGUGCCAAUCCAAAGGCGGUCAUUGAACCCUUCAAGAAGCAUCGUGCAUUUGUUUACGCCGGGCUUCGGAUGGCUGAUAUGUUUGGUCACAUUAACAACGCCAGAUAUCUUGAGAUUUUUGAACUUGCCCGCUGGCACCACGCCGGAUACGCUGGGCUGGCGACGACGCUUCGGGAAGCGAAUGCAAGCUUCGUGGUAGCCUCCGCCAAUGUACAAUACGUGCGGGAGAUGCCGCCGUGCCGGCGGUACCUCGUGACGGUGCAGCUGCUGCAGUUCGAGGGCACUGACGCUACUGCUGCUGGUGGUGGUGCUGCGCGCUCACCAGCUACAAGCGGUGGGGACGCCCCGCCGCGCGACGGACGCAUGGUGAUCAUGCAGGAGAUAUGGAGCGCCGACGAGAAAACACUCUACGCGGGAGUGCUGCUGCGCGCUGCACUUGUAGGCGACGCGCGCUCGCCCCUUGCGCUGCCGUCGUCAGGGAAGCAACGCAGCAGAUACGCGCCGCUGAGCUGUAGUGGUGUUUUCGCAACGGCAACGGGCCCUGCCGCGGCGAGAGCGGCGGCAGAAGAGAAUACGCAAGACUUCUACACCCGUCUCGGUUUUACACGAUGCCAGGAGGGCACAAAGGGCGAGUCGUGGAUCGACAUCACGAGGGACGUGGAAAAGGAGUGGCGCUCGAAGCUCCGCAGCGUAAAGUUUCCUUGA